UGCGGUUCCCCGCGCCCCACAGACCGCGGCGACGCUCGGCCAGCCCGGGCCGGUGGCAAGGAGUGACACCCCUGUUCCCCUCGGCGGGGCGCGCGCGACUCCGGGCUCGGGGACGCAGGCAGCCCCGGGUCACACUGUGCCUUGGCCUCCGCCCGCGGGUUUUCCGCGGCUGCCGCGGGCGGGGCGAGCGGGCGGCCGCGCGGGGGCGGAGUCUGCGACUAUUUCAGGCGGCGCCAGGCUCUGCGGGGACAGAGGCGGCCCGGCCCGGACACACUGCCUCUGAAAAUCAAGGCCUGGGAUGGAGCCAAGGAGGCCGCUGCAGGACCUGGAAGGGUGAGGAGGAUUUUGUACCAGAGGCAAGGAGGCAGCGAUGUUAUAUGGGGACCUGCAGGAGCCAGGUCUGAGGUCGGAUAGAGGCUAGCACGUGUGUGCGCGCGCGCGCAGAGGCCUGAGCCCGGGUGAUGCUGAAGAUGAUGACUUUCUUCCAAGACCUUCCAGGCCAGCAGACGGUGCCAGGGGUUCUUGUUCUUCACUUCCCCGGAAGUUCCCCGAAGUUGCCCUCCACCUCCGAGGUGGAAUCCGAGGCCUCCAUGUCAGAGGCCUCUUCUGAAGACUUGGUGCCACCUCUGGCGCCCAAGGCAGCCCCCGAGAGGGACAAGGAAGAGGCGAAAAAGAAGAAGAAGAGGCCAAAAGGACUGGCCAACAUGUUCAGCGUCUUCACUAAAGGGAGGAAGAAGAAAGGUCAGCCCAGCUCAGCAGAGCCAGAGGGCGCCCCGGAGUCCCAGCCUGAGUCCAGCCGCCCGCCGCCCACAGUGGAGGAGCUCAAGGCGGACCUGGAGCGCGGACGGCUGGAGGCGGCGCGGCCGCUGCUGGCGCUGGAGCGGGAGCUGCAGGCGGCGGCGGCGGCGGGCGGCGAGAGCGCCGAGGAGCUGGUGCGACGCCAGAGCAAGGUGGAGGCGCUGUACGUGCUGCUGCGCGACCAGGUGCUCGGCCUGCUGCGGCGGCCGCUGGACGUGGCGCCCGAGCGGCUGCGCCAGGCCCUGGCCGUGCUGGCGGAGCAGGAGCGCGAGGACCGCCGGGCGGCGGCGGCGGCGGCGGCGGCGGAACCCGGGGCCUCGGCGCUGGUGAGCGCGCGCCCGCGGCGCUGGCUGGAGCUGUGGCGGCGCGGGGUGGCGCAGGCGGCCGAGGAGCGCCUGUGUGCGCGGCCGGCCGCGGGCGCCGAGGGCCGCUCGGAGGCCGAGCGCAUGUUCCUGCACAUGGGCCGCACCAUGAAGGAGGACCUGGAGGCCGUGGUGGAGCGGCUGAAGCCGCUGUUCCCCGCCGAGGUGGACGUGGUGGCCGCCUACGCCGAGAGCUACCACGAGCACUUCGCGGCCCAGCUGGCGGCCAUGGCGCAGUUCGAGCUGUGUGAGCGCGACACCUACAUGCUGCUGGUCUGGGUGCAGAACCUCUACCCCAAUGACAUCAUCAACAGCCCCAAGCUGGGGGGAGAGCUGCAGAGAGUCCAGCUUGGGAGCCUUCUGCCCCCCAGGCAGAUCCGGCUGCUGGAGGCCACGUUCUUGUCCAAUGAGGUGGUCAGUGUGAGGGAGCUGAUGGCCCGGGCCCUGGAGCUGGAGUCACAACGCUGGGCCCGGGAUGUGGCUCCCCAGAGGCUGGACGGCCAUUGCCACAGCGAGCUGGCCAUCGACAUCAUCCAGAUCAUCUCCCAGGGCCAGGCCAAGGCCGAGAGCAUCACCCUUGACCUGGGCGUGCAGAUAAAGCACCUGCUGCUGCUGGAGUUGGCUACAUUCCUGAGGAGCUACCAGCGAGCCUUUGAUGAAUUUCUGGAGAAAUGCAGACAGCUGAGAAAUUACAGGGCCAAUGUCAUCGCCAACAUCAACAACUGCUUGUCCCUCCGGACCUCCAUGGAGAACUGGCAGACCCCACAGGACAUCCCGGGCCAUCUGCUGAGCCCCCUGAGUGAGCUCAAGAGUCAUGGCUUUGACACCCUGCUCCAGCGCCUGUUCGGGGACCUGAAGCCGCUGUUCAAGAGGUUCACGCAGACCCGCUGGGCGGCGCCGGCGCAGACCCUGGAAGAAAUUCUCUCCACCGUGGCCGAAAGGCUGCCCGAGUUCUCGGAACUGCACGACUGUUUCCGGGAGGAGCUCGCGGAGGUCGUCCACCUGCACCUGGUGAAGGAAUACAUCAUCCGCCUCAGCAAGCGCAGCCUAGUGCUCAGGACGGCCGAGCAGCAGCAACAACUGGCCGAGGACGUCCUGGCCAACGCCGACGUCAUCCAGCGCUUCUGCACCCAGAAUGGCUCCUCAGCGACCUGGCUGCAUCACGCCCUCCCCAAGCUCGCCGAGGUCAUUCGCCUGCAAGACCCCAGUGCCAUCAAGAUCGAGGUGGCCACUUAUGCUACCUGGUACCCCGACUUCAGCAAAGGCCACCUGAGUGCCAUCUUGGCCAUCAAGGGAAACCUGUCGAGCAGCGAGGUCAGGAGCAUCCGAAGCAUCCUGGACGUCAGCAUGGGACCGCACCAGUCUACCAAGCCCCUAUUUUCACUUAUAAAGGUCGGUUAGCUUUCCCUGCGGCCUGGCCUGCUUGUGAGCACCCAGUGAGCAUCGGACACCACCCCCCUUGGUGGGCUACCACUCCACUCCACGGCCCCUCAGCAGGCUUUUUGCCUACUGCUGCGGUUCCUGCCCAGCCUCUGUUAAGGCGCAAGUCCCUGGGCGGCUGGAAUUGGAUAGGCCUGGUUUACUUGCCCGUCCCGUGCGGACGGGAGCGCCCAUGGUCGGGGGGCAGUGAGGCAAUCCCCAAGAGACUCUUUGUAAAUGAUGGUUGACGACGCAUGUACCAAAGGAGGGAGUUGGGAGGGAGAGUGGCCGGGGCCAGAGGUCCCGGGUCACUUCCGGUCCAUGGGACCCCUCCACCGUCUAUCACAACCGUCCUCAUGGCUGGGUCUGAGCGCCUUCCCAGCUGCCGAGGGCCAGGGGCUGAGCCUCACCCAUCCCGCCUCCUCUGGCCCAGGGCUGCAGUGAAUGGGGCUCAGCAUGUCCGUGGAAUCGAAGGCAGAACUAGAAAGCAAAGGAAACAAUGAACUCUUAUCUGGGCACUGGACAUCCUGGGUCUUCCACGUAGGGAUAGGCCCGGUGGGGGCGGGAGGGCUCCAUGGGGCCGCUGCGUGGAAGUCAGCCUGAGGUCUGGGCAGGGCAAACUUGACCUCUGACCCCUUGGCCUCUGGAUCAGUGCCCUAUUGCUGCUGUAACACAUUUCCACAAACAUGGUCAUUGAAACCAGAGCUUAUCUUUCAGCUCUGGAGGUCAGAAGUCCGACACAGGUCUCAAGGGCUAAAGCCAAGGUGUCAGCAGGGCUGGUUUCUUCUGGAAGAUUCUGGGGGGAAUUUCCUUGCUUCUCCCGGUUUUUAGAGGCUGCCUGUAUUCCAUGGCCUGUGGCUCCCUCCAUCUUCAAAGCCAGCAGUGGCCAGUCAAAUCCUUUUCACAUCACAGACCUCAGAUCUCUUCUCCUGCCCCUGCUUCCGCUUUUAAGGACCCUUUUGAUGACCUUUGGCCCACCAUAUAAUCCAGGAUCAGCCCCUAUUUUAAAGUUAGCUGAUUAGCAGUCUCACCCCACCUGCAACCUCAGCCCGCUUUGCCACGGACCCUGACAUAAUCACAGGUUCCAGGUGUUAGGAUGUGGGCUUCCCGGCGUGGGGGACAUGAUUUUGCUCCCUCCAUGCACCCGCAUCCACCCCCUGCCCUGGACGGUGCCUUAUCCCACCCUGGGGAAAACAUGGCUCCAGGAAAUCUCCCAGGCCCCUGCCAGCCCAUGAGGCCUGCUCAGCUUAAGAGGGUGCAGGUCAGACGCAGGCAGGACUCAGCCUCAUGCCUCUGAGCGUGCUGAGGUGGGGUCUGGAGCCAGAACACUGGGGUUUGUCCCCCUCUCUCCCGGUACUGUGGCCAGGAACUGGCCCAUGUAAAUGGUGCACAAGGGCCUUUGUACGUUUGUAGGAGUUCGUGUGUUUGAUAUUGUUAAUAUUAUUUUUGAUAGCACUGCUUUUGUAUGUAUGUACUCAGGACAGGGUCUGAGUUUUUAUAGCUUAAUAUAAACCUGAUUUCAAAAGUGGCUUAGAGUGAUUCAUUUUGGGAGCCAGAAGGGGCAGCGGUGGCUUUCUCAGCCUCCCAGG